UUAUCUCCGGGUCGUCAUAAUGUCCACCGUGGCUACCGGUACCUACCAGUAAACCAAUGAGCCGGACUGCUCAGUUUACCAUUGUUUGUUUCGGCGUUUGGUUUGGGAUAAAGAACGCAAAAGCCGGCAGAAAUUAUUGUUAGUUUGCUAUUUUCAAUAAAAAAUGACAUUAUGCCAGAAAUGUUCAGCUUUCCUCAGUAAUUUGUCCUCUUUUAGCAAGGUUUACCCUUCAACUUGAAAUCUUAAUAUUAGCCAUUUUGAGUUUGACCAGCUCCAAUAUAGACAUAAAUUACUGUUACUCUUUGGAUAAUUUUACUUGGGUCCAAACAGCAGAAAAGGCAGAUCGCGGUUUCCAGUCAUCACUGAACUCAAUUUGGAGUCUAACAAAGCUACAAGAGAUACCAAAAUCAAGCGAUGAAACUGUAAAAAAUCUGUUUUGAAUUAUCGAUUUUGCUACUGGUAUUAUGUUAUUCCUAUAAACUCGUUAUAAAUUUACUCAUAAGGAAAAUAAGCACAGGUCCGAGGUAAGGAGGGGACCAAGAUGGGAAAAAUACUAUAGUUUGGUUUAUAUACUACACAUGUUACAGUCUUUGGCUUUAGCCCGCAGAAAGCUUUAUCUAGCCUCGGGCUUGAAUAAACAUGGCAUGGUAAUGCGUGACCACUGCGCAGCCAUUCACUCGAGUGAUUUUUGCACGCUUCGCUGCGUUGCAUGAUGUAAUGUUAAGUCGCAGCAUUAAGGUAAGGCUUGUGCGAGAAAUCCUGUAAUCUAUUGCUAGGACAAAGUAAAUGUGGAGUUGACAUUUAAGGAAGCGAUUCGCGAUUGAAGCCGUGUGUCACCAAAAACAUCGAAGCCGAUAAUGCUUUUGCGGGCACUUCUCGCGAUUUUUGCUUUCGCACAUGCUUCGAAUUUUGCUUUCGCACAUGAAAAUUGUGGUUACAAGUUCACACAAGAAAGGAGCGGCGUUAUGACUUUACCGCCAUCACAGCAACACAACAAGACAAUCGAGAACUAUAUACACUGCAAAUGGACGAUAGAAAUGGCACCUGGCCAUAAGAUUGCGGUGGUCUUGAAGGAAAUAAGCCUGGAUGUAAACGACAGCCUUGUAAUAACGGAAUAUCUAAACGGACACUCCACAGCUGAAUUAAGCAACAUAACAUUUUUUGAACUAAAACCAGGAAGUGUUAUAUUUUCACAGUACAACAGAUUAAAGGUUGAGUUAUUCGCUGCAAAGAGAGAUUAUGUCGUAUUUGAUGCUUUCUUUGAAGACACGCACUGUGGCGGGCUGCUAACAGAGCCGCAGGGUCAAAUCGUGGUUCCCUUGUCUCUGCACCUUUCUUCGUCCUUCCAAAACUGCAGUUGGAAACUGAAUACAGGAUCUAGCAAAAUUAUUAAAUUAUCAUUUUCCCAGUUUUCUCUGCCUCCAGGUUCUUGCAUUUUCCAGAACCUUGCUAUCAUGGAAGGUGAUAAUGAUGAUCAGCAGAUACUGGGAGAUUUCUGCGACGAAAAUCCGCCAGCUGGAAGCAUAGUGUCCUCACAAAAUGCUAUUACAAUCGAUUUUACGAAGCAACCAAGUUUCACUUCGGAUUUGACGCCCCAGAUUCCAAGAAUUGUAAUGAACUACGAGUUUGUUGAUCGAUGCAGCAGCAAAAUGAGCGGGCUGUUUGGCAGCAUCUCAGUGCCUCUGCAUUAUGCCACGUUCCAAACAUCUACCCAGAAUUGCCAGUGGGAAGUCGAGGUCCCUCCUAUCCAUUCAAUAUCAUUGCGUUUUCUCAAGUAUGCAAACGGGCCUUCGAUCCCAGGCCAAUCGCAAGAAUUGGCCAUAUACGAUGGUCUCAACAUUAACGAAACUCGUCUGCUAUGGUCUUCAGCCAACGGUAUGUUUCCGCCAAUGGAACUUGCAACGGAGACAAACGGACUAAGGAUUGUUCGCAGAACUGUUAGAGACAACUACAGAUCCAAUGGGAUAUCUUUUCAAGCUGUCUAUCAGGCACAAAUUAAUCUUGAUACAUCGACUGAAGAUUGCAUUUACAUCGGAGAAAGGCGAUUCUUCAGGUGCUCUAAUGGACACUUUAUUGAUUGCGAAUGGAAAUGUGACGGUAUUGCAGACUGUGAAGACGCAAUUGAUGAGGCUGAGUGCAGUGAUGGGCAAGUUGAAGGCUUCUCUUUGACAAAUCAUGGAAACGACAAUACCUUUAGUUUUAUCAGAGGUACACUUUUAGUUCUUUUGCUCACAGUGUUCGUCCUAUUUGUAUGCUUGUUUGUGCUUUCAAUGGACAGAGUACUGCAUGAAAGACUACAACAUUCCUACCAAGACAAAAAUUCGCCUAAACUUCCUGCAUAUGAGAUCCCCAGACUGCCUGCAUACCGUGAACGUGAUGCAGCUACGGAAACCUCAUCACCUAGCCAGCACAACCAAGAAACACAAGCUAUUUACAAUCAUGUUGAGGAAACGUCGAUACAGUAUGUUAACCAGAAAACAGACGUCGCGACGCAAGAAGGUCAUAAUAAGCCCAAUGCCGAAGUGUGUGCGUAGCAGCUUCGAGUUUAUCAAAAUAAUUUUCAGAAGUGUUUUAUAGGGUUAUUUUGUAAAUAAACUUUAGUAUGGAUUUUAAUUUGUUCAAAUGCUGCAAUAAAAUUUUAUAUAUUCUUAAAAAGAAUUGUCUCUAUUACUUGUAGAAAGCAAUUAAAUUAUUAGAAGAUACAAAUUUCUCGUUUUUCUAAUGGUGAGAUAAGCAUGAACUUUGUUGAAAUUUUAGACACGGAAGCAAAAUAUGAGAAUCCACCAAUUGGUUCCUUACAUGAAAUCCACUCGAUUUGAGCAGAGGUAACAUAAGUAACUCACCACUGCUAUUUUCCAGUACCAAAAACCAGUUUUCUUGACUCGGAUAAUGGAAUAAACAAGAUUUUUCAAAAGAUCGAAACUAAUUUAGGUUCUUCAUACUUCCGUCUUUGGCUCUACAGGUGCAAUUAAACACAAAAUAAAAAUAAAAACCAAAGUGUAAUUCAAAAGAUUUUUUAAUAAAAAAUGGAUUCAUUAUAUGUCUGGUUAAAUUCAAAUUUCUGUUGUUGAUUAUAAAACCUAAUUAUUAUAAAAGUUUAUCUAGGGUAUAUAGGCCGAUAGAAUUUUCAAAUUAUUACUCUGGAGGGUUAUAGAUAGAUUAUAA